AUGAGCUGCUACAGGGAGUGCAGGAACCUGGCUAAAAGUGCAGAAGGCACCAGCCAGAGUGGUGGCUGCAGGACUGGGGGGUUAAAGGGGACCAGAGCUGACUUUUACUUGAAUUCCAAAGACCUGGGAAAGACGUUCGGCAUAGCCGCUGAGGAGAGCUUUGUCAUCACCACCACCAACAGGAAGGAGAUCACAGAGGACAACUUCGGUAGUUUGGUAGUCGUAGUUUGUGGUGAAACGUUCGGCAUAGCCGCUGAGGAGAGCUUUGUCAUCACCACCACCAACAGGAAGGAGAUCACAGAGGACAACUUCGGCGACCUGGUGCAGGAUGGGGUCACCCUCUACCUGCUGCAGUCGGUGGAUCAGACGCUGCUCUCGGCCACCAAGGAGCGCAUCGACUUCCUGCCCCACUACGACACGCUGGUGAAGAGCGGCAUGUACGAGUACUACGCCAGCGAGGGGCAGAACCCCCUGCCAUUUGCCCUUGCUGAGUUGAUUGACAAUUCUCUGUCAGCUACAUCCCGAAAUACUGGCAUUCGGAGCAUACAGAUAAAACUGCUGUUUGAUGACUCCCAUGGAAAACCAGCUGUUGCAGUGAUCGAUAAUGGAAGAGGAAUGACUUCCAAACAGCUGAACAACUGGGCUGUGUAUAGACUGUCAAAGUUUACAAGGCAAGGUGACUUUGAGAGUGACCACUCAGGAUAUGUGCGCCCCUUGCCAGUGCCCCGUAGCUUAAACAGUGACAUCUCCUACUUUGGAGUUGGAGGCAAACAAGCUGUGUUCUUCGUUGGACAGUCUGCCAGAAUGAUAAGCAAACCUGCAGAGUCUCAGGAUGUUCAUGAACUUGUCCUUUCCAAAGAGGAUUUUGAAAAGAAGGAGAAGAACAAGGAAGCAAUCUACAGUGGCUACAUUCGAAACAGAAAGCCGUGUGACUCUACUCAUAUCACAAGUGAUGAUGAAAGAUUUCUUCAUAAUCUAAUAUUAGAAGAAAGGGAUAAGGAGAGUUUCACAGCAGUGGUCAUCACAGGCGUACAACCCGACCACAUGCAGUACUUGAAGAACUACUUCCACCUCUGGACAAGGCAGCUGGCACAUAUCUAUCACUAUUAUAUCCACGGGCCCAAGGGCAACGAAGCCAAUGCUGUAUCAAAAGACCCUUUCAACAACAUCGACAUCCAGAUUUCGAUGUUUGAAAAAGGAAAAGUACCAAAGAUUGUCAAUCUUAGGGAGAUCAAAGAUGACAUGCAGACCUUGUAUAUCAACACUGCAGCAGAUAGCUUUGAGUUUAAGGCCCACGUGGAAGGAGAAGGGAUAGUGGAGGGGAUCAUCCGCUAUCACCCCUUCCUCUACGACAAGGAGACGUACCCUGACGAUCCCUGCUUCCCAGCAAAAUUCAGCGAUGAUGACGACGACGACGACUGUUUUAUAGUGGAGAAGGGUGCCCGAGGCAAGAGGCCUAUUUUUGAGUGUUUUUGGAACGGAAGAUUAAUACCUUACACAACUGUGGAAGACUUCGAGUGGUGUGCUCUCCCAAAGAAGAGAGGAUUGGCACCAAUCGAGUGCUACAACAGAAUUUCUGGUGCGCUAUUUACCAACGACAAGUUCCAGGUCAGCACAAACAAACUCACUUUCAUGGAUCUGGAGCUGAAGCUGAAAGAUAAGAACACUCUGUUCACGAGAAUCUUCAAUGGGCAGGAGCAGCGAAUGAAGAUUGACAGAGAAUUUGCCUUGUGGCUCAAAGACUGCCACGAGAAGUACGACAAGCAGAUCAAGUUCACGGUGUUCAAAGGGGUGACCACACGUGCUGACCUGCCCUCCAAGAGGAUGCAGAGCCCCUGGACGGUGUACGCCGCCAUCGAGUGGGACGGGAGGACCUUCCGCACCGGGCAGCUGGUGAAAACAGUUAAGACUCUUCCAAUAUUCUACGGUAGUAUUGAGAAGUUUUUUUUGUAUGGAGACCACGAUGGGGAUAUAUUUGCCACUGGAGGAGAGGUUCAGAUUGCUUUGGAACCCCGGGAACUGUACGCUGAAGUGAAAACUAUUCCCAUCUCCAAACUGGACAGAACAGUGUGUGACAAAACUGUGAAAAAAUACAUAGAGGAUGAAAUGGCAAGACUUCCUGACAAAUUAUCAGUGACGUGGCCUGAAGGAGAUGAGCUGCUACCAAAUGAAACAAGAUUUGCUGGCACACCAAUAGGAGCGUUAAGAAUAGAAAUUUUGAAUAAAAAAGGAGAACCAAUGCAAAAGCUUCCAGGGACCAGCCACGGAGGUUCAAAGAAACUUCUUGUUGAACUCAAGGUUAUUUUGCAUUCACCUACUGGGAAUAAAGAAAUCAUUUCCCAUAUCAGUCAGCAUGGAGGCAAAUGGCCCUACUGGUUUAAAAAAAUGGAAAAUCUUCAGAAACUUGGGAACUACACCUUGAAACUGCAAGUAGUAUUGAACGAGAGCAAUGCAGACACUUAUGCAGGAAGGCCUCUGCCAUCUAAAAUAUUUAAAUUCACUAUUGUGGAGGGCAAACCAGAGAGAUUCUCAGUUGGGCUUUUGGAGCUUCCUUUCCGGAUUGGAGUACCUUUUAAUAUUCCUUUGGAACUGCAGGAUGAAUUUGGUCAUGCAACACAGCUGACAAAUGAGACAUUACCAAUUCUUGAAGCUAGUGGAUUGACAGUGCACUAUCAGACAAUAACUCCAGGAGCAAAGUACAUGAUCAAGGGUGUCACUGCUAAAGGCUGUAUAAAUAGUUGCCAAGGCAAGAACUUUAAUCUGAAGGUUACUCUUCCUGGUUUGAAAGAAGACACACAGAUCUUUAAAAUAAGGGUGCUGCCUGGCCCCCCUCGUCAGUUGAAAGUGAAACCAGAUUCUGAAGUCCUGAAGAUUGAGAAUGGGACAGCUUUCCCCUUCCAGGUGGAAGUGCUGGAUGAGUCAGGGAACAUAACAGCCCAGCCAAAGCUGAUUGUGCACUGCAAGUUUUUAGGUGCUUCAAACCUCCCUGUGUAUUCUGUGGACUGCAGCAAUGCAGGAACAAACAUUUUAACUGGUCCAGCUAUACAUGUACAGAAUAUCAAGAAAGACCAGAUCCUGAAAGCAAGGAUUGAAAUACUUAAUUGUAAAGAUGUGCCAGCAGUGGAGAAGAUCAUUAAACUUCUUCCUAGCAGUCACGUUGCAAAACUGCAGAUCUUAAGUAUGGAUGGCCAGAAAGCCAUUCAAAUUAAACAUCAGGAUGAGAUCAAUUGGGUUGCUGGCGACGUCAUGCACAACCUCAUCUUUCAGAUGUAUGAUGAAGCAGAAAGGGAGAUCCACAUAACUCCAGCCAUGGCAGAAAGAAUCAAGGUUAACUGGACACCUAAAAUUAACAAAGAACAGUUGAUUCAGGGAUUAUUACCUGAUGUAAAAAUACCAACAUCAGUGAAAGAUGUACGUUACUGUCUAAUUACUUACCUGGAUGACCACGUGUCUUUGGAGAGUGCGUUCACAGUCAGACCAAUUCCUGAUGAACCCAAGCACAUUAAAUGUAAAUUAAGAGGACCAAACACACUACAGCUGGGUGAGGAACUUCCAGGGGAAGUUGAUGUGGUGAUUACAGAUCAGUAUGGAAAUCAGGUUCAGACAGUGACAUCCUCCUGUAUAAAUUCCCUGGGAGUUUCUGCACCUGGGCUUGAUAAAACAAGCUUGAAAAUAUCUUGGCAGGGCAGCACUCUGACCAUGCGGGUGAAGGGCAUUCGGUUCAGGGCGUGCUCGCUGGGCAGCAAGGAGCUGUGCUUCGCCUGGAGGGAGUUCCUGGACUUCGUGCGGGUGACGCUGACGCCCGGGGCCCCUGCCAGGCUGCAGCUGCUGGACUGGCCAGAGCCAGAAAAGCCUCUCACCGUGAUCAAUGGCAGAGAGCUGCAGAAGCCCCUUAUUGUCCAGCUGUGUGACCAGUGGGGGAACCCCUGCUCUGAGCCCAACGUCAGAGUCAGCCUCACAAAGAGUAACAACCUGAAGAUUGUUCCUUCAAACCAGCAGAGUAAGACCGACGAGCAGGGUCAGGCCAACCUGGGAGUUGUUAGUGUGCAGGCGCCGAGGGGUGAGCACACUUUACAGAUUAAAGCCUUCCACAGCAAAGCCACAUUAGACUGUCCUGUAAUCACAUUAAAUGUCCUGCCUGAUCCUGAGAAACCAGUCUGCUUGAAUGUUAAAUAUGACAAAAAUGCUUCUUUUCCAGCAGGAGGCACCUUCCCUGAUUUUAUGGUUAGUGUUCUUUCUGAAGAUGAUAACAUUAUUAAAAACAUCAAUCCAGCUCGGAUUUCUAUGAAGAUGUGGGAAGCACAGAGCAGUGGAACUAGGACACCAAUUGAAGUUACAACGUUUAGCUGUAGUAAAGUGAAGGAUGACAAGGAAGAUGGCUUCUUCUACUUCAGGGAUAAAGUGAUUCCAGAGAGAGUGGGCGCUUACAACAUCCAGUUCACCUUUGCCAUGGAUAAGGCCAAUAUCCUCAGCAGCGACCAGAUUAUAGUUGAAGUUGUACCUAAUGACCCUGUACGCUUGUUACCCGAUUCUUUACCAGCUACUCCAGCAGUUUCCAACGUUCGAACUCUCACCAGCCGUACACUGGUCAAGGACUUGCACCUCCAUGUAAUG